AUGCCCUCAGUAUCGCAUAGUCUCUCAACAUCAAGGUGCAACGUAACCGUAGCUUGUGAUUCUUGUAAAUGCUUAAAAAAAAAAUGUGGAAACAUAGGAAAUCUUGAUCAACCUGAUAAAUGCAGUGAAUGCUUAAAGCGUAAUGUUGAAUGCACUUAUUCCGUUCCCCACAAAAAACGAGGUCCACCAAAGCGAGGUCCCAAAAAAUGUGGUCACAAAAAACGUUGUCCCAAACCGAUACCCACUACACCAUUGCCUCCUCAUAAGAUAAUAGAGUUUAAUGUUAAUGGGUUGUGGGAGAUGUUAUAUGAUUUAUCUCAGAUCGAUAACAAUAGUGAGUUCUCUACUCAAGAUCUCAUUACUAAUGAUCAGAUGGAAAUCCUUACUUCAACCUCAUCAUUACCAUGUCCAUAUGAAAAUACUGCAGGCCAUUGUUGUCAUAUGGGAUGUAUAGUGAGAUAUAAAUAUAAUAUUUAA